GCCGUAUGAUACGAAAGAUUAAGCUUGUAUGAGUAGCUAUCAUCUGUUCAGCGCAAUUCGCGUGGCUCUCAGACAGAAGACAUACGGUGCGGGAUUAUUUUCUCAUGUGCAUGGUAAAGGCUUCACUUCGGUGCCGGCCAUCGGCAAGUACGCGUUCAGCUCCCGCAGAGAGACACAACUAUGUGGAUCUACUUACUAAUUGCCGCAAUCACACUCUCGGUUCUUCUAGUGCGUAGAAAGUAUUCGUACUGGAAGCGCCAUGGAGUGCCCUACAUUAAGCCAACGUUUCCGUUUGGAAACAUUCGCCCUGCUGGAAAUCGAGUUCAUUCUUCCCAGUUGAUGACCCGUUACUACAACGAGCUCAAAGGUAAGCAUCAGUUCGGAGGUAUCUUUUUCUUCACCAAUCCGGUUGCCUUGGCCCUGGAUCUGGAAUUCAUAAAGGAUGUACUGGUGCGGGACUUUCAGUACUUCCACGAUCGCGGAAUGUACUACAACGAGCGGGAUGAUCCCAUAUCCGGUCAUUUGUUCAACAUCGAGGGAACUCAAUGGACCAAUCUGCGUAAGAAGUUGCUGCCAACAUUCUCGUCGGGCAAAUUGAAAAUGAUGAGUCCGACGAUUAUAUCCGUUGCCGAACGGUUUCAAGAAUGCCUGGAAAAGUGCAUAACUGUAGAUACAGAAAUCGAAAUGAAAGAUCUCCUCGCUCGAUUUACCACCGAUGUCAUCGGAACUUGUGCCUUCGGAAUCGAUUGCAACAGUUUGAAUGACCCGGAAGUGGAGUUUCGCAAAAUGGGCAACAAAAUGUUUGAACUCCCUACCGGAAGAAUACUAAAGUUCUUUUUCAUAUCAACGUUCAAAAACCUCGCAAGAAAAGCACGACUCAAGUCCGUUCCCGAGGAUGUGUCGGAAUUCUUUUUCAGGGUCGUUCGCGAAACGAUCGAUUAUCGCGAGAAGAGCCACAUCCAGAGGAACGAUUUUAUGAACCUGUUGAUGCAACUGAGGGAGAAGGGCGCGCUGGAGGGUUCUGACGAGAAGGUGGGCACGCUAAGUAUGAACGAGGUGGUGGCGCAAGCUUUCGUGUUUUUCCUUGGCGGAUUCGAAACGUCCAGCACAACGAUGUCGUACUGCUUGUACGAGCUAUCGCUACACGAAGACAUUCAAGAACGUGCCCGAGAGUGCGUACAGAGCGCUAUCGCAAAGCACGGAGGCUUCAAUUACGACGCUGUGAUGGAUAUGAACUAUCUGGAGCAGUGCAUUAACGAAUCCUUAAGAAAAUACCCACCGGGUGCAAACUUGGUGCGAUGUGCCACCAAAGACUAUCAAGUGCGCAAUUCCAGCGUGGUGUUCAAGAAGGGGAUGAGCGUGAUGGUGCCUAUUUACGCCAUCCAUCACGACGCGGAAUACUAUCCGGACCCGGAACGAUACGACCCCGAGAGGUUCGGGGUGGAAGAGCUCGCCAAACGUCCACCGUUUACUUUCAUGCCAUUCGGGGAGGGACCCCGUAUUUGUAUAGCGGCUCGAUUCGGUAUGAUGGAAUCGAAAAUAGGCCUGGCGGCGUUGCUGAUGAAUUUUAAAUUUUCCAAAUGCUCAAAAUCCAUUGUGCCAUUGGUUAUUUCCAACAAGCAUGUUGUGCUAACCCCUGCCGGGGGAUUGUGGUUAAAGGUGGAGAAACUUGAACAGUAGUGAGGAGCGUGAGAAUCUUGAUCUUGAAGUUAUUUAUGAUUAGUAUUAAUAUAUUUUAAAUGCUUCCACUGUAAGUGGUUAAUGAAGUAUUAAUAAAGGAUCAGUAUAAAUUUG